ACACACACACACACUACCACACACACACACACUACCACGCACACACCUACGCAGGUCUUGAAAUACUACGAAGAACGACAGAAACGCCUGCUACAGUUGGAGCGAGAGAUGCAGGAGAUCAACCUGUCGGAAGCCAAUAGGGACCAGGUUCGACAGCUGCUUCGCCAGAAGGAGAGCCAGCAUCUGAGGUUCAGAAGGACUAAGAUGGACAUCAGUGCCUUUCAGAAGCUGGCCAUGCUGGGCGGGGGGGCUUUUGGCUGCGUCUACCUCGUCAGGAAGAUGGAUUCGGGCAUCCUGUAUGCCAUGAAGUGCAUGAGGAAGAAGGAGGUCUGGAGUAAGAAACAGAUUGCUCAUGUCAAGGCGGAAAGAGAUGUGCUGGCCGAGGCGGACAACAGGUGGGUUGUCAAUCUGUACUACUCAUUUCAAGAUGCCGAUCAUUUAUACCUCGUUAUGGAUUAUAUCCCUGGCGGCGAUUUGAUGGGUCUGCUGAUCAAGAAGGGUAUAUUUGAGCACCAGCUGGCUCUCUUUUACAUUGCUGAAUUGGUUCUUGCUAUUGCCAGUGUACAUAAAUUAGGAUUCAUCCACCGAGAUAUCAAACCGGACAACAUCCUGAUAGACAGGCACGGACAUAUCAAGUUGACCGACUUCGGCCUAUGCACUGGUUUCCAUUGGACGCACGAUUCCAACUAUUACAAUGAUGACGCCAAAGCCCCACGUGUUACGAGUCCAAAAUCUAGACGCAAACAACAACAACAACAUCUCAACAACAACAACAACAAAUUGCAACGAAAAGUUGCGAAAUCUCUCGUCGGAACGCCCAACUACAUCGCGCCGGAAGUCCUUUUGCAAGAAGGAUACACAUCGUGUUGUGAUUGGUGGAGCGUUGGGGUGAUUUUGUACGAAAUGAGGUUCGGUCAACCGCCGUUCAGGGCUGAAGAUGCUUCGGAAACCCAAAUUAAAGUGGUGAACUGGCGACACACCCUCCACUACCCACCUCUCCCUCACAACCCAGUCUCCAAAAGCACCAUCGACCUCAUCUCAAAACUCUGUCGCGAGGCGGAAACUCGUCUGGGAUCGGGACCCGGCGGGGCGGACGAUAUUAAGGCACAUCCCUUUUUCUCCGGAAUCGACUUUUCAGCCAUCCACUCCAUAGACCCUCCCUACAUACCGAGAUUAUCCGGCCCACUUGAUAUAUCGAACUUCGAU